AUAGAGGGGGAGCAAGAUAUACAGAGAGCUUCAUGGGGCACUCAGCUGGUCAGUACCACUCAUGCCAUUUAACUUGUGGAAAAAUGCCCAGGGCAAUGACUGCUUUAUCCCACAUGUAAGUAUACUAUAGUGCUGUGCUCUCUUCUCCCUCUCCAAUACCCUCCGCCUUCAUUAUAGAAAAUCCCCUCAAAGAUUUUGAAGACAUCAGCUCGACAGCCUUUCCGUAACAACGGCAACGCUCUGCUGCUGGCAUCAUUUCCACGGCGACACCCUCUCAGUGGGAGAAUCUCCUAGGUGACGCCCUCUAUUGACACGCCUAGAGGUGGCUGGUGCCUUUUUGAAGACAGGUGCAUCCUGUGCAGAGACAGACGGAGUAGCCUGACAUGCUUCUUUUUUCUGUUUUUUUUUCUCUGUGGGAACAUUUUGUGUAGCUUCAAAUCUAGUCUGAUGGGCUGCAGAGUAAACAGACACUGGAAUUGAGAUUAGAAUAUUUGUAAAACAAAUUGAGAGUUUACAGUUGUUCUGCAAAUUAUAAUUCCUAAGCUUUUGUUAAACUCAAGUUUUGUAUCAAGAAACCUGUGCCUUCUGUUUGGACCAAAUGUAACCUGAGUUGUUGGAUAUCUCAACAACUCAAUAAAUUCAGUACAAAAGCCAGCAACUGUUGAGAGGCUGCAAAACAAGGCUAAAGGGCAGCAGUGAGGCCAGUGGACCUGAAGACCUUGGACCAAUAAUGGAGGGGUAUGGUUAUGAACAUUUUGGGGAAGAUGCAGGAAGGGACAGCCAGCAGGUGGACUAUCGAAGAAUUGUAGGAGACACUCAGACCAAACGUCCCAUUGCUUCAUCUCAAGAAGGGGAGCAUUAUAUUCGGCCAGUUCUGCAUGGCCAUGGACAUGAAACAGCAGCGCAGAGAUACAGUGCCACACGCAUCCAGGCUGGUCUGGGCCCUGAGAGCAUGGCAGAUUACUUAAUCAGUGGUGGUACAGGCUACGUCCCUGAAGAUGGAUUGUCGGCUCAGCAACUUUUCUCUAUUGGAGAUGGACUCACCUACAACAGAUCUGACCAACAGUGUGUUGUCUCCGAUGGUCAUACGGCUGAAGAGCUAUGCUCUAAAGGAGAUGGGUUGACUUACAAUGACUUCCUGAUUUUACCUGGCUUCAUUGACUUUACCUCAGAUGAAGUGGAUUUGACAUCAGCACUGACCAGGAAGAUCACAUUGAAGACCCCUCUCAUCUCCUCUCCUAUGGACACUGUUACAGAGUCGGCUAUGGCAAUUGCUAUGGCGCUGAUGGGAGGAAUUGGCAUCAUUCACCACAACUGCACACCAGAAUUCCAAGCAAAUGAGGUCCGAAAGGUUAAGAGAUUUGAGCAGGGCUUUAUCACAGAUCCAGUUGUGAUGAGUCCACGCCACACAGUUGGGGAUGUGUUUGAGGCCAAGGUACGACAUGGUUUCUCUGGCAUUCCUGUCACAGAGACGGGCAAGAUGGGCAGCAAGCUUGUGGGCAUCGUCACCUCAAGAGAUAUCGACUUCCUCUCUGAGAAAGACCAUGACAGACCUCUUGAGGAAGCUAUGACGAAGAGGGAGGAGCUAGUUGUGGCUCCAGCUGGUGUCACUCUGAAAGAAGCCAAUGAUAUACUGCAGCGCAGCAAGAAAGGCAAGCUCCCCAUUGUAAAUGAUAAUGAUGAGCUGGUGGCCAUUAUUGCCAGGACAGAUCUGAAAAAGAACAGGGACUACCCCUUAGCCUCCAAAGACUCACGUAAACAACUGCUGUGUGGUGCUGCUAUUGGCACUCGGGAGGACGACAAAUACAGGCUGGACCUGCUGGUUCAGGCGGGAGUGGAUGUUGUUGUACUGGAUUCUUCACAAGGCAACUCUGUGUAUCAAAUCAACAUGAUAAAUUAUAUUAAACAGAAGUACCCAGACCUACAAGUGGCGGGAGGAAAUGUGGUUACAGCAGCUCAGGCAAAGAACCUGAUUGAUGCUGGAGUGGAUGCUCUGAGAGUCGGCAUGGGCUGUGGCUCCAUCUGCAUCACACAGGAAGUCAUGGCAUGCGGGAGGCCCCAGGGGACCUCGGUGUACAAGGUAGCAGAGUACGCCAGGCGUUUUGGUGUGCCGGUCAUUGCUGAUGGUGGCAUUCAGACUGUGGGACAUGUGGUGAAGGCUCUGUCUCUUGGGGCAUCAACUGUGAUGAUGGGUUCGUUGCUAGCGGCAACCACUGAGGCUCCAGGGGAGUACUUCUUUUCAGACGGGGUACGACUGAAAAAGUACCGUGGUAUGGGCUCCCUGGAUGCAAUGGAAAAGAGCACCAGCAGCCAGAAACGCUAUUUUAGUGAGGGAGACAAAGUGAAAGUGGCCCAGGGUGUGUCGGGUUCAGUCCAGGACAAGGGCUCCAUCCACAAGUUUGUACCUUACCUGAUAGCUGGAAUCCAACAUGGCUGCCAGGACAUCGGAGCAAAAAGUCUCUCUGUCCUCCGCUCAAUGAUGUACUCUGGAGAGCUGAAGUUUGAGAAGCGGACCAUGUCAGCACAAGUGGAGGGAGGAGUUCACGGACUCCACUCUUACGAGAAGCGGCUGUACUGAAUGAGUGGACGGAGUGUAGAUGAACAGUGCAUGAUGUGCCCAAACUAACAGUGACCAAAUGUUGAAGUUCUGCUAACAAACAUACCUCCCCAAUACUCCCUCUGUGUCCUCCUCCGCAUCAUAUCCACCGUUGCUCUCUCUGAUCCCGACCAGCUGCUUUGGGAAGGAAAGAAGCAUCGCAUUGAAGUGAGAAUCUUCAUACUGACACUCUCUGAACACCUGGGACAUUGCACUCAAGAAGCGGUGCAUCAGGGUUUUCAAAAUAACAUACACAUGAAUCUUGAGUAUGCAGCUAAUCCCAAUUCUGUGUGUGUGUGUUGACAGCGAGAGAAUGAAACAUAUGUGUGUGUGAGUGUGUGAUAAGGUCAGGGUAGUGUCAUUGUGUGUGAUAUAGUUACAAAUACGUGGUUGGAUGUAAGAGAAGGUACAUCGUUUUUGUCCUCGUCAUAUUAAGUCUAAAACAACUGGUGCAGAUCUAGAUCCCAUCAGUAUCUGAUAGGACAAAAGUGGUCCCUGUUGGAAACCAUACACAUCCCAGUCCUGAAACACAGAAACACACCAGUGCAUUUGUGCAGAAAAGCAAGACAAAACUUGUAGUGAGUACACGAUGUGGCAAUUUUAGCCUUUAUUUUCAGUCAUAAAGCUAUGAGCUACUUGAUAAUGAUUAGCAUCUAAUAUUGUUUACUUCUUUAUUGUGGAUCCUGAAGUACGUGAUACAGGUCAUGACUCUUACCCUGUUGUCACCCACAAUCAGUAGACUGAACUCAGACCCACAGUCUUGGGUGCUGUGGACUUUCAUUUCCCCUUCAAACGCAUCUUGAGCCAAAUAAUUAGUCCCAUCUCAGUGCAUAGUGUUUGUGUUAAGCACAGAAGGGACCAAACGCAGAAGAUCAGGAAUGUUGUUUAGAAAUGAUGAACAAUAUAUAUAAUGUACCAAUCAAGACUGAUUUCUUUGCCCGUAAUUUGACCUCUUUUAGAUGGAAAAAUAAACUUUAUAUCUAACGUGUAUAGACCUGGGGGCUUUGAAUUGAGCAUGAAGGGUUUUUGAUAUGCAUGUUUUUUUUCACAAAGCCACAACAUGGCUGUAUUUAUAUUCUGCUUUAUUGUAAUUGCAUACGUACUGCCAAGUGUAUAUACACUUCCUUUGACACUUUUGUAACUUCAAAACCAAAAUUGCCGCAACAAGUUGCUUUGUAUCUUGUCCCUUGUUAACACUUGCGCUCUGUGUGACAUAGAGUCUCUGUGAUAGGUUUAUUUCAUUUUUGAUAUCUUUCAUCUUUACCAAACGUAUGCCUUGAAAUGAGGAUGGAUUAAAGCUGCACGGAACAGCUCAGUGAAAAUGCAUUGAAAUGCAUAAUGUUAUACACUUUCUUGCCUCCUUUGUCUUACUUUGAAACCGAAUAGAUGUAUUUGUUUAUAAUUUGGCUUAUGUCUGUGUAGACUUUUUUAACAUUUUCAUACUGGAUGUCCUUUUAAUUUGAUGUUUUCUUUCUUUUUAUUUUUAAUGUUCUUGAUAGUAAGAGUUGAGUUGCAUUCUCUGACAUUCUAAUGUACUUUACCCUUCACAGGGUUCACUUGACUAGCAAAACUCUUGCAAUGGGCCAGAAUUGCAAGAAAUCAAGAAACUGUACAUGAAAUUAUAUGGAGAAAUAUAUUCCUAUAUUAAGUUGGACUGCUGCUUGUUUUCACUUACCCACCUAAAGAGAGAAUUCAGGUUUUUAACUGUUACUUGUUCGGUUAUUGUCUGCUGUGUCCUGUUAGUCCAUCU